UGCCCCAUGCGAGCCUAAUUCCAAACAAACAAGUCACAUUGAGUAAGUCACAUGACUUGUUCUGGUCUCGUGAUCAGCCAGUGUUUUGUUAUAAAAUCGAGACGACGGAGAAUUGAAGCCUACUCAUUUCUAUUAAGUUUGGUCUCAAUAUCACAAAAAUGCUGCAGUUGACUGCUUUGGCCCUGCUAAUUGGCCUCUCAGCGGCCCGCAUGUAUCCAGACUUUGGGUUGUUGAACGAUGAUCAAAUCAAUUACAUUAACAACAUUGCCAAGACCACAUGGAAGGCUGGGCGCAACUUCAACCCUCUUGAUGUCGCUCACGUAAAAAGGAUUUUGGGUGUCCCUGACCUUCAAAAAUCAAUGUACUUGACACGCCAGCUGCCACAAAAAACAUUUGAGAGAAGGUUAGAUUCAUACGAGUUCCCAGAAAACUUUGACCCCAGAGAAAAGUGGCCAAACUGCGCAUCACUGAAAGAAGUCAGAGACCAGGGAGAUUGUGGAUCAUGCUGGGCUUUUGGUGCUGUCGCUGCCAUGACUGACAGAAUCUGCAUCCAGUCCAACGGCAAAGUCAAUUUUCACUUCUCUGCAGAAGAUCUCCUUUCAUGCUGUAAUCAAUGUGGCUUUGGAUGUCAAGGAGGUUACCCAUCUGCAGCUUGGAAUUUCUAUCAAGAGACUGGCUUAGUCUCAGGAGGACAAUAUAACAGCAGUGAGGGUUGCCGCCCAUAUACCAUUCCUGCCUGUGAACACCAUGUUGUUGGCAAGCUUCCACCCUGUGGUCCAGAAGAAUACCCUACCCCUGAGUGCAAAAAGCAGUGUGAAUCAUCGUAUAAAAUACCCUACAAGGCCGACAAGCACUUUGGCGUGAAGACUUACACAGUGAGCGGGGAAGAAAACAUCAUGCAAGAACUGAUUGAGAAUGGACCAGUGGAAGCUGCUUUCUCAGUCUACUCUGAUUUCUUGGACUACAAGUCUGGUGUUUAUCAGUACACAUCUGGAUCUGAACUUGGUGGACAUGCUGUUAAAAUAAUUGGCUACGGAGUUGAGAAUGGCGUCAAGUACUGGCUAGUGGCCAAUUCGUGGAACCCAGAUUGGGGAGACAAAGGAUUUUUCAAGAUUCGCAGAGGAAGAGAUGAAUGUGGUAUUGAAAGUCAGAUUGUUGCUGGAAAUCCCAAACUCUAAUUGCAAGGUUUAUAAGAGUGUGGCUGCUAGGUGUAGAUUGGUGUGUGAGCAAAUGCAAGUCCUGAUGCAAUUAUCAAAACAUUUUCUUCAUGCUUUUUUUUUAUUUGCUAAACUUAAUUUUAUGUAGCAAUAAGAUAAUGUGUGAUCUACGCAAAUGGAACAUGUUGAAUUAGAUGUAGUUAGAAAUUAGGUUUACAGUUGGUGUGGUCUCAAUCUUGAGGUUUGGGAAAUUGUAUGAUCCAUUUUUAGAACAAACUUAAAGAAUUGAAAUUUCAAGUAAGGGGCAUGAUGCAGACCUAACGAGUUUCACUCUUGGUGGGUUUGCACUUCAAGACAUUACAUUAUUUAAAAAAAAAACUUGGUGGGAAAAAGAUUUUCAUUAAAAGAAAGUUUUUAGUGUGCUUGUACCUCAGCAUUUAGACAUUCCUGAUUUUCUGUGGCUGAAAAUUUCAGUUCAGGCUUUGAUUGUGAUACCAUGUAUGUUGAUAUACUCCAAAAGUGCCUUAUCAUAAUGUGUACAUACUGACUGAAUUUGUUAGCUUCCAUUUUCUUUACUCCACAAUUAUGAGGUAUUUGUUUGUGUGUAGCUCCACAUUAUUGCCAAUCCUAUUUCAGAGCUUCAACUUUAUUCUGUCACAUUGUAGAAUGAAACUUAUUUCAGCCCACAUUCUGAAUUAGCUCAUAUGCAUUUAAAUUUCUUGUGCACCUAUUGACAAUGGGUUACAGUACACCUUAAACUUUAAACAUUAUUUUAAUACAUUCUCAUACUUGAUAUUUAAUUCCGCGCAAGCAUUUUUUUUGUGUUGCAAAUUAUACAACUUUCACGAAAUUUUAAAGUGAAUUUCCGCUGUACAAAGCUAAUUCAAUUUCAUGUCUCCACUUGCUCAAAAAUAGUAUUGAAUUUAUAUUCAUUAAAAUGUUUGUUUUUCUAACAUUUGUUGUUAGAAUUGAUCAAAAAUGAUUUCAAUGUACAUUAAAAGUGCUUCAUGUCA